GUUCAGAUAGUUACUUUUAAAAAACUAAAUUACCCGAAAGUGUGGUAUUAAUACGAAUGUUGUUAAUGACAUUAAUAUGAUGUUACUGGUAGCCAGACCAAACGUGUGGUGAAAAGUAGAAAGAAAUGUUUAACGACCUUCAAAAAUAAGCGACAUUUCAAACUCUGCAAGCAUUACCAAAAGUAAUCUCGGCGUCAAGGUCAUACAAAUCGCAAUUGUAUCUCUCAUCUAUGGCAAUUAAGUAACCACGGAUUUCGGAGUGCCACUUAUUUUUUUAUUCGUAUGGAAUUUACUUAUAAUGGCAUCAGUCUUGUCGAGGAUGGUGGCUUUUACUAGCAAACAUCCAGUGAUUAGGGGUAUGAUUUCAUACGGAGCGCUUUGGCCGACCUCUUCUAUUAUACAACAAACCAUAUCAGGAAAAAGUAUCGAAAAUUAUGAUUGGAUGCAAGCUUUAAGAUUCAGUUUAUAUGGGGGCUUAUUCACUGCACCCACGUUAUACGCCUGGAUAAGAAUUUCGUCCAAACUUUGGCCAACUACAAGUUUAAAAACUUCCAUAACGAAAGCUAUUGUAGAACAAAUGACUUAUGGUCCCGCCGCUUUAAUAUGUUUCUUCUUCGGGAUGAGCAUUAUGUCGGGGAAAACCAUAGAUGAAUCAAAAAACGAAGUAAAAACUAAAUUAUAUCCCACGUGGAAAGUGGGUAUAUGUGUAUGGCCAGUCCUUCAAACGAUUAACUUUAUGUACGUUAAGGAGAAAAACAGAGUGCCUUUUGUUAGUUUAUGCAGUUUGGUAUGGUGCUGCUUUCUAGCUUACAUGUACGAACUUGAACUAACUCAACAACGAAAUCUAUCCGUCACUAAAAGGGACGUUUUAAGUUAGUUUACAUAGCAAAUUAUUUAUCUAUAAAUAUAUUGAAAUUGUAGAAAAUUGUUCCUAUUAAAAUAAUUUAAGCAGUACGAAAUAACUUUUUAGCUUUUUACAAUAGCGCGAGAAGAGCCGAAAUUUUUGGAAACAAUAUA